AUGAGUUGGGGACUUCGUCCGGAAGGAUAUGGAGAACCUUUCUACGGGGAUGAGGCAAGAUUUUCUAUUCAAAUGUACCACAAUGGUGAAAUAAGAGAUGCCAUGGUGAAGGAGUUAGGGCACGAAGGUUUGAUUAACUACUGGUACAGUAUUCCAGGUGAUAGUUUUGAUGGUGGCCUAGUUAAGCUGAGUGAGGAUACAGAUGUCUUAGACAUGCUAGUAUUUGUGCCAGACACUAGGGUGAUAAAUAUAUUCCUAGAACAUGUCUUGGCAUGCAGUCAAGAGCAGUUUUACAGUCAAGUGGGUUCAAACAUAUUUAUAAAUCUGGAUCAUGAUUUUGGGACCAGUACUGGGGUAGUUUUGCAAGAGCUUGAUGACAAUUAUGAUGCCAUUGUUCCAGUGGGUGGGGGAGUUGAAGAGUUGAAUGAAGAAGCAGGUGGAGAAGGCAAAGAGUUGAAUGAAGAAGGGCUGAAUGAAGAAAGGUUGAAUGAAGAAGGGCUGAAUGAAGAUGGGUUGAUUGAUGAAGCUUCUAAACAAGGCAAAGAAACUGCCACUAUGAAUAAUGAGGAGAAUUUUGACAAGGGCCAAGAAAAGCCAAGUCAAGGUUGUUCUGAUAAAGGCAAAGGCAAGGAUAAAGAGAUGUCACAUAGGGUGAAGCGUGCAUUUGGUAAAAAAGAUGCGCUAGUUUGA